AUGGGUAAUCGUCAAGAACGUCCACAGUUUCAGCAAUGGGAUUUAUCACGAUUGCAGCAAGUUACGGGCUUACCUCAAGAACAACUCUUACAGUUGUACAAUGAGUUUAGACAAUCAGCUGGUGCCGACGGUCUUAUGGAUCGUAAUGAAUUUAGAGCAUUGAGAAAUCGUAUUAGUCCGCAACCGGGUGCUGGAUUUCAACAACAACAUUCAACUGAUCAAAUUUUUCGUGCAUUUGAUAGAGAUAAUUCUGGCUCAUUAACCUUCGAUGAGUUUGUAGCUGCAAUAGUAAUGCUCAAUCAAAAUGCUAGUCAAACACAAAAAUGGAACUAUAUUAUUGAUCAGUAUAAUCCAGGUGGUAUUGGGCACCAAUAUAUUCAACCGCAGUAUGCACAAAGUAUAUUUCAUUCAGCUAAUCAACUCUAUGGUACAAAUAUCGAUUACAAUCAAGCGUGGAAUCAGUUAGAUCAACAAGGACAAGGCUAUGUUACACGUGACGAACUAAUAAAUUACGUUAAUCAACACAUGGGAGGAGGAGGUUACGGUGGUCACAGUGGUGGUCAUCACCACCAUCACCAACAGCAUCAGCAGUACCAAUAUUAA